UGUCUCUCUCUCCCCCCCCCCACCCCAUCCGCCAUGUUUUCAGGCUGGGUCUGGCUCAGGCUACCCCCCUAAGGAAAUGGCCGUGGACCUGCAAGGAACCUGGGCAUCGUGGCUUCGGCUCAGUGUGGGCUAACGAGUCAGGGCAGCAGGAAAACCUGAGGUCUGCGCGGGGAGGGAGGCCAUGGCGUCCAGCAGUAACUGGCUGUCCGGGGUGAAUGUCGUGCUCGUGAUGGCCUACGGGAGCCUGGUAUUUGUACUGCUAUUUAUUUUUGUGAAGAGGCAAAUCAUGCGCUUUGCAAUGAAAUCUAGAAGGGGACCUCAUGUCCCUGUGGGACACAAUGCUCCCAAGGACCUGAAAGAAGAGAUUGAUAUUCGACUUUCUAGGGUUCAAGAUAUCAAGUAUGAACCCCAGCUCCUUGCAGAUGAUGAUGCAAGACUGCUACAACUGGAAACCCAGGGAAAUCAAAGUUGCUACAACUAUCUAUACAGGAUGAAAGCUCUGGAUGCAAUCCGUGCCUCUGAUAUUCCAUUUUAUGCUGAAGGCCGGCACCCACGUUCCUUAAUGGGCAAGAAUUUCCGCUCCUACUUGCUAGAUCUGCGAAAUACUACUACUCCUUUCAAGGGUGUGCGCAAGGCCCUCAUUGAUACCCUGCUGGAUGGCUAUGAGACAGCCCGCUAUGGGACUGGGGUUUUUGGCCAGAGUGAAUACUUGCGCUAUCAGGAGGCCCUGAGUGAACUAGCCACUGUGGUGAAAGCACGAAUCGGAAGCUCUCAACGACAACACCAGUCAGCUGCCAAAGACCUAACUCAGUCCCCUGAAGUCUCCCCAACAACAAUUCAAGUCACAUAUCUUCCCUCCAGUCAGAAGAGUAAACGUGCCAAGCACUUUCUUGAAUUGAAGAGCUUUAAGGACAACUAUAAUACAUUGGAGAGUACACUGUGAUUGGGCUGAAGGACUAUGGCACAGAUCAAGCCAGAAAGAUGCUUGCUGGGAAGCCCUCAGGACAUCUGGCUAAGCAGGCCCGAACUGUAUCAGCUAAUGUCAUUAUGUCCAGAGUUCUUAGAGCUUGUGCCUAAGGAGUCAUUCCCAACCCUUCCAUAUGGGCAUUUUCAGAACAUGAAGACUUUUUUUUUCCUAGCAGCACUUUGCUGAGUUUGAAUUCAGCAGUCUUUACUAUUUAUUUUUUUCAAAGCUUCCUUAAAAAUCAUUCAUUAUUUUUGGCCAGAGUUUACCUUCACUGUUGCAGUCUAUUUAAUCCCAAAGGUGGAGAGUUGAGGGAUGUCUUCAGUGUCUGCCUUACUAUACUCAAAUGAGUGGCUUUAGCUGUUUGAGUUACCACACCUCAGAAUUGACUGAUGGAAAGGCAGAAAACGAGGAGGGAAACGAAACUGAGAAUAGGAGUAACAGUGGAAGUGGUAAAUCAGAAUGUGUUGAAACAUUAGUACAACUUUUCUCACAUGCAAAGAUCUGCCCUUCCAUCUUCAUUCAGUACUCUUGUGAAUAAACUGAAUGAAGGAGCUGGUCCUCACAUUUGGCAUCCUCUAUGUCAACAUAUGAGACUGUGAAGAAGUGGUUUUUCCUAAUAAACCAGUUACUGGUCCUACUUCAUAAAUUAUUUAAUAAAAUGAACUAUUAAGAAAUAAGGCAUGUGAGU